GCUCUGCUCUCCUGCGACGGGCGCGCCCGUCGCCUCCUGCUGUGUUGCGCCGAAUCGUCUGUGCGCGCAGCUUCCUCCCCGACAACCAGCACGCCUGCCGCUCAACAACAUGAUCGAACCACAAAAACGCGUCAAGUAUUCACCAGCCGUACAUACAUACAACGCCGGUCCUGUCGGCCUCACACCGACAGGUCCGUCACGGAGUCCGUGCUCGUGGACUGCUCGGCUGCUCUUCGCGGUCUCUACUCGCGAGCGUACCCGAUGCUGCCAACCACGCAGUCCGCGCGACACGCUAGCCCGCGCAGGGAUAUACAGAUACGCAGGCGCAACGGAAAGAAUAGCGCACCGUCAUGCUCACCCGCACAUCGCGACACCGACCUCGUCGACCGCGGCCCUCUUGCGUACGACGCCGCGGCACAUAGGCUGUCCACGAGCAGUCAGCGCACGUGUGAGCGGAGACAUCGGGUGCAUGGACGUACCAGACCACGCGGCGCAGCAAGCAGGAUGCAGAAUAGGCGAGGUGAGGAGGGAACGGCGGGGAAGAGACGGGAAAUGGCUCCUCUCUCUCCACACCCUCCAGCCUUUAACCGUCCCCCGAGACGCCGAUGGCCCACGCCCGCUCCCUCGCCAUGCUCUCUGCCCGCUGCCCAUGUUCGGUUCGCGCCGCGCACGCAUCUCCGCCGCCGGCGCCCCGUGUGCGCGUGCGUUGCCCUCGGACGAUCGCGCCCCGCCGUCCCCACGCAUACGCAUCCCUGACGUCCGUUUCCAGCGCAAGACACCGUGCGCUCCGCGCCGAACAACCCCGCGGGACGAGGAUGGGCGGUCAGCCCCACUAGCGGCGGCGAGCGUCGCCUGCAAGACACAACGCCCGAGCCCCCGCCCCGCCGUCGACAUUCGCCUCGAUGAGCACGUUCACAACAUGCGCCGGUCGAGUGGGACGCCGCCGCCAGCAUAUCUGACGGACGCACGUCCAGACGGCUGUUCCAUGCCUCCCGAAGGCCAGCGGUGCAUGUACCACAGUAGUGGUACGCCACCUGCCCGCGCACGACGGCGCUGCGCGCGUCUUUGACGUCGCACAACGCCCUCUCACGUCUCGUCGGGCGCGCGUCUCGGCGGGGAUGCAGCACGGCACGACGGCGACUCCGGCCGCUCCCUCAGCCCCAUGCCGCGUCGAAUCCACACCGGCACACUCCCCCGACGCAAUGUACACACCCCAGCGAGUCUUGCACGAAUAUAUUUGUGAUACCC